AGUUAGGAAAAAAACCAAUAUUUUUUAUUUUAUUAUUUUCAUUUCAUUUCAUUUAUUAAUUGCAUUCCAUGGUACAUACAGAUGUUAUCUUAAAUUAAAUUUUCACAACAUGGACCCUGAGUAGGGUAUUUUUGUAGAGUAUUUAUCUUCUAACCCUCCUUCCUGGUUUUUCGAAAACAGUAAAAUUUUUGUUUCUAAGAAUACCCAUACCUUUUUUACAAAAUUUUAAUUUUACUUUUAGAAAUAUGAUAAAAGGAGACCAACGAUUUUCGACCCACUUGAAAGUCUUGAAACUGAUCGCGUAUAAUAUUAAUAUUCAUACUAAUGGGUAAAAUAAAUACACAUAUUAUUACGUAACAUAGACCAAUUAUAUUUUAAAAUGAAACGGGAGUCAUAAAUACAAAAUAAAAAUAAAUGUUUUGAUCUCGCUCCCAUCCGGGCAAUACAUAAAGAUAAAACUUGAUCAUGUCACAAUGCCAGAUAAAUAUGACCCAAACACCCUCUGGGUUGCCCUUAACGAGCUCGGCGAAGGGGACAUCUUCCAAGUAUACCCCCGUCUCCUGGCGGAGCUGCUGCUCCAGGAGGAGGCAGCGAGGCAGGAUGGAGACACCAGCGAGGCGGAGAGACUCGUGCUACCGAGCGACAAGGAGUGGCGGCUGCAGCAGUAUUUCCUCCUGGUGGCGAUGCAGAAGGACCUGGAGCUGGAAAACAUAUUAAAUGAAGCGGAAAAAACCCCGAAGCCCCCCGAAGACACAGUCGAAGAGUGGGCCCCGUGGCGCCUCGUGGUGUCCAUUAAGAACCCCCACGCACCCCCACCCGUCGCCGUGCGGUCCCCCCCUGGACUUGCCUGGGACAUUGCUCAGGUUCUGAAGGCAGCCCACCUGCUCUCGAAGCCCCCGAAGAAGGUAGACUUCGCCGACGAACAGCAAAUGCGAUGCGUCUACUCUCUCAUCUACGACGUGUUCCGGUAUAAGUCCAUAUUAGAACAAGCUAUAGAAGAUAUCGACUUUUUCGGCGACUUCCCACAGUACGCCAACAAUCGUCACACAGUCUGGCUAUUCCUUAUGGAGCUGACCCGUCGACGCUGGGGCUCGAGGCCCAGAGGCGAGGCCGAACGCGCGGCGAGGCUGUUGAAAGAAGCGGGGUCGCCGUACCAGGAUAUUGAGAAUACUGUGUGGGAGCAACGAGUGCACUUUGCUGCCGCUAUAGCCAGGAUACGGAUUAAGAAUAGGGCUUUCUCAUUAAGCGAACUUCUGCCACCACACUUGAGGGACGAACCUUUGGCGACGUGCGUGAAUAAGGAAUCAGUCACCGGAUGGGUCAAUACUUUUAAAGCCACGAAAGUAGCGAAUCUUGUGAUGAAACUCCACGAGCUGGGUUACUCGUACAGUGGAUCACGACAACUAUGCGCGGGAGAGUACAGAUUCGAUCGCGUGUGCCCAAGGUUUAUUACACUGCGCCCUCCAGCUGAUAAAACCAUCGGACAGCUGGACCUCGUCAAAGAUGGAAUCAUCGUGUUGCAGGAGCGCGAAUUCUGUGAAGGCGCCUCAACACUCUGCCGGGCGCUGCGCGCUAACAGCCUCCGCGGUGUAGUCGCCCAGACCCACGCAUCUUCCCCCCGUUGCUCGGCGUACUUAGCUGCUCAGCUGAGGGAGCUAGGGGCGGUACUGAAGGCCAGUGCACCCGCCGCACCCGCUACCCCACAGCUUGGCAAACUCGUCGUGUUCGGAGCUGGAGACAAGGUAUCCAGCUACGUCGGCGCCCUCCGAGAGCUAGGCAUCGAGGCCUCCGAAGUCCCCCAAUCCAGCGCUCCAGUCUGCGUCAUCAGUGAAGCGGUGUACUGCGACACUCCAGUGGUUACCAGUGCCCUUGACGGCGUGGUCGCUGUGUUGGCUACACCGCCUAACUCUUACUCUGCUGUCACAGAUCCUAUUGAUCUUGUGUGUGGAAGAGGAGGAGACUUGGCUAUGCUGGAGAUUCUUACGGAAUCCGAAAUGGAUGCUAAAGGCAAAGAACGAGUUCAAUCUAUACUGGAGGAGCAGAAGAAAACCCUCAAAACACUGUUAUCAAAGCCUCAGAUCCAGUUGAUUCUGUAUGAGACCCACUCAGCUCUCGAGGCCGAAAACCAAGCUCAAGUCACAAGGGCCGUUGCCGAGGCCAAUCGCCUCGCCCGCGAAAGACAUGUCAUUCUUAAGAAGAAGCAUAGAGACCAUCAUGUUUCUAGUUCCAAGAAGGACGUCACCGAGGUCGCGAGCACGGAAUCGUCUUCGUCGCUGGAUAACACAGCAUCACACGUGGGCACUGAGAGAGAUUACUCUAUCGCCAGCCAGUCGCGACCCGCGUCCGCAUGUACUAACAGUUCCAGACCACCUACCGCCAGCGUUCUCAAGAAGCAGACGGACCGGUCUGAGCCGGGCACGCGUCCGGGUACAACCAGCAAGGUCCGGCCUAUCCCUGAAAUACACGUGGCGAACGUACCACGAGACCCUAAUGAUGACAACCCGGAUGUUUAUGUGCCAAACUGCGAUUUGUUUGAAAUUCAGACUUUGCCGAAUCUUGGGAACGGUUUGGAUAUCAACUACAUUUUAGACAGAGACGGAUGCUACCUCGGACUCAUCCAGAGGAAGGAGAUCACCCGGCUAGACGCGAAGUACAUGAUCCAAGUGGCGGAGGAGCGGGGGCUGUUCGGCGCGGCGGCGGCGGCGCCGGCGCCCGCGCGGCGGAAGAAGGAGGCGAGCGCGCCGAAGCGGCGCCGCGGGAAGGCGGGGGUUUUUGAGGUGGACCGAAUUAACGCCCCAACCUACGCGUCGUUGUCGCGCUCGUCGCGCCGCAACAGCGCGCCCGCGCCGUCGCCGCCGGGGCAGCGCUUCGUGACGGUGGUGUCGCCGGAGCCCGACGUGCCGCGCGUGUGCUCGCGCCACGAGCGCCGCCAGGCCGCCGCCGGCUCCGUGCACUGCGCGUGCGACGCCAGGCACAGGUUAUACCCGAGCUACCGCGGCAGCCGGCGCCAGUCGGCGGACGCCGCGGGCCCGCCGUCGCCGCCGCCGUGCCGGCGCCCCUUCCCGCUGGUGGUGCACGACCUGCGCCUCAGCCGCUGCUCCAGGGAGUCCAUCGACCCGCUGCCGGCGCUCGACGCACCUGCCCGCUCUCUCCUCUCGCACGAGAACACGUAUCGGAACUUUAUGUCGAAUGUUUGAUUCGUGUUUGUUAGGUCGAAAAAAAGAUAAGUGCCGAUUACAUCCACACUUCUCGAUAUCGGGCCCAAAAUCAGUCGCGAUUUCGGGCGUGAUAAUUGUUUUCCGUUUCACGGAAUAUCAGAGCGCAUCGUUAACAAUAUUUGAAAUGUAAAAUAUACUUUAUUUCUAAUUGCCAAAAAUGUUCAAUUUUGAAUUUGAAAUCAUUUAUUUCAUGUAACUGUGACACAUACAUUUUGUCACUAAAAACAGUUUCCAAAGGGUUAGUACCUAAGCCUAAAAAUUAUACCUAAACCUACUUACUUAACCUUUUCAGUUAACACUGUAUGGAGCCCAUAAGGGAAUGUAGUCCCGCAUAGUGUAGCAUUAGCGGACAUUGAGACUUAUCCCCUAUUAUUCUUAAGAUGAUGUGCAAUGAACCAUUUUUUUUUAAUUUCAAAUAUUGUAAACAAUGUGCUGAUAUUUGGUGAAACGGAAAAAACUCUUUCUCGGGCCCGAAAUCGGGUCUGAUAUCAGGCCUGAUGAAGUGUGGAUGUAAUUGCACACACAUUUGCACUGGCAAUGGCCACCAAGAGGCUGUUUCGAAUUUUGGAUUUCUUUUGACGUCACAUGUUCGUACGUCCCGCUUGAGCAGGUUAAAAACAUAUCAAUAAGAUAUUCGUAAGUUUGAAUGCCACACUAGAGCGCCGGCCGCGCAAAAGAAAUUUCGUUAUCUGCUUCUCUAUCGCUCUUGCAUAUACGAGUAAUAGAGACAGAUGACAAAACUUUCGCGUUAGGGCUUCUGGAAAAGAACAGGGCUAUAACCGCGAAAAUAUAAGUUCGUCAAUUGCGGGCAUUUUUCUCUGGUACUCUUAAUCACGUCUUAGUGCGAGUAAAAAUGAAAGAUCCCCGCAAUUUGCGAAUUUCAGUUUUCGCAGUAGGCUCCCUAGUGUGUCUUUUGGGGGCCAGGCCGUAGCAGUACCUGUACAAAAAAAUCGUAAAUUUUAGUCGGAGUUUGAAUUCGUUGUAAUCAAAAUUAUUAUCAGUGAGGCUAAGAGAAAUCUAUGGCGGUUAUCAUUCUGGAUUAUAGUUGCGCCAUUCUCGAGAACGGCACAACUAUACACUGGAUGCGAUUGGCACGUCGCCCCGAUGUGCGUGCGGGCGGGCUGUCGCUAUAAUACGCGCAUAUAGUGAUGUCUCGCUCAAACAUCGGAGCGACGCGCGAAUUGCGUCCAGUAGGGACCCGUCCACCACUUCCCAGAAAAAAAGCCCUUAAAUGGCUUAGGACCACUUGCAUCAUCCUACUGACCCGGGUCAUGGGUUAACCGGUGAAACCCACCAUGGGUUUCACCGGUUUUACACAUGUGUAACCAUGGUAACACGAUGUUUAACUGAUAGGAAAGCUGGUCACUUUUGCAACAGAGGGCCUACCGCAAACCACGUUCAACGUGUUGCCUCUCUGUCGCACUUGUAAAUUCGUACAUAAGUGUGACAGGAAGGCAAAUCGUCGAACGUGGUUCGCGGUAGGCCCUCAGUUCUGCCAUAAGAGAUGGUCGUUGGUCAUCCUUUCUCUACCAUCCAUAAUUAUGCGGUAAUGCUGGUUGUCGAAAGUUGACGUUUGACAGUCUCGUCACAGAACAUGGCGCCGUAUGCCGCAAUUAUUUCAGCAGUCAAAGUCCGAGGCACUAUUUUUUUUUCAUUGAAAUUUGUUAUUCCAGCACUCUUUUCUAUUAAUAUAUUUGUAAUUUUCGUAAUUUGUAGCAGUUACCUCUUCUUAAAAUAGGUAAAGACAUACACUAGUGCAGGCGUAUUCCUAUUUGUCCUCACCGGGCACAGAUGAGAAUAGGUACACAAAUAGGCUACAUAUACGCACACAGACGUUACAUUUACAGGCGUUCUCGAGCACUCUCGGGCAGAGCUUAGUCGGGCUGUGCGCGCGUUGCUCACUUGACGUCCCCGCCGCUACGUAGGUACCUACUGUAAUGUACGUCAAAAUGCAGUCUCUAAGGAAUGUAAACAUAAUAAGAUGUACGUAUAAACGAAUCGAUGUAUGUAUGUCUGUAAACUUAUAUUACCUACUCCUUUUUAAAAUUCGAAAUUAAUACAGAAGCAACCCUAGUGAGUCGGGCAAGUUUAGGUAUGUAUUUUCAAGAACAACGAGAAUGGACCUUCUGUUUAUUUUUUAUUUUGUGCUAUGAAUCAAUCCAAUCUGUCCCCGCCUCGUGUAUGGCGGCGGUCACGUGGGUGACGUGGGGGGGGGACAAGGAAUACACCUCGGUGCAGGUGAUAUAAUUAAGCUAUAUUGAAUAAAGAAUACAAUAUAUGUAAUGUAAUAAUUAUACCUAGAAGUUUUUGUAGCAAAGAUGAGGGUUUGUCAAAAAUACCGACAUAACUGUUAUAUCAUCGAUAGGUACUUCAACUGCACACACACACACACACACACAUACAAACACAAAUAUACAUGCAUUGCUACUUAAUAAUAAUCAAACAGAAUUUGAAAUAGAGGUGGCAGUCAAAGAAAACUUUGUAGCCAGGGAAACGUUACUACAAACCAUGAAUUUUAAGUCGAAGAAUUUGGAAUAGAGGUGGAUUGUCAAAGAGAAUUUUGUAGCCACAGUAAAUUUACUGCCAUCUUUCGACACAUGAUUAAAGUGACAGGCAUAGUGACAAGUGAUAAAAAUGCGACGGUACUACAGCCGCAGGAAUGUCGGUGUUUCAUAUUGUCAAGCGCUCGUUUUGGCUAGGAAAAGUUCUAUAGUAUUUUUCAAAUAGCUCUUUAUCUUUAUGAGGUUAUAAAUUGUAUGGAGAUGACAGCUGUCACCAUACCCAAGAUAUGUGUAAAAUACUAUAGGUAAGAGGUACAAGUUCCUACAAAAAAAAAAAAAAAACAUUUUGAUGUAAAAUCAUUUAGAAUGUCUAGUUGAAUAAUAUCCUGAGUAUUGUAGUAUUUACCACAUUUUUUAUGAAGAAAAUAAAUGAACAACAAAACCAA